AUGGAUGAAUGGAAAAGUGCCCUAAAUAAUCUGAAAUUAGAAUUUGAUGAAAAUAUUAUGGUUCUGCUUCAAAUAAGUUUUGAUGGGCUUACAAAUACGCAGAAAGGAUUGUUUUUAGAUAUGGCAUGUUUUUUCAAAGGAGAGACCAAAGAUUGCAUAAGAGAUGUACUACAAAGUUUUGGUUACCAUCCAGAUUACAAUAUUGGUGUUCUUAUGAACAAAUCUCUCAUAACCAUUAAUGAAAAUGGUGCUAUAGGGAUGCAUGAUUUGCUACAAGAUAUGGGUCAAGAAAUCAUUCGUCGCGAAUCCCCUAGAGAGCCCGGUGGACGUAGUAGGUUGUGGAUUUAUGAGGAUGUCAUUCGUGUAUUGAAGAAUAAUACUGGAACAGAGGCAAUUGAAGGCAUAAUGCUAAAAUUUCCUAUUCAAAAAAUGGAACACUUGCGUGCUGAAGCCUUCUCAAAGAUGAAAAAUUUGAGAUUGCUUAAAAUUGGUAAUGAGAAAUUUCCACAAGACUUCAUAAAUGGUACUAUGCAACUUCCAAAAGACCUCAAUAUGGGUAAGGUGCAAUUUCUAGAAGGUCUUAGUUAUCUUUCUAAUGAGUUGCGUGUUAUUGAAUGGCAUGGAUAUCAUUUAAAAUGCCUACCAACCAAUUUCCAACCAAACAAACUUGUUGAAUUGAGAAUGCAUUGUAGCGGCAUCAAACAACUAUGGAAAGGAAAUUUGAUUUUUGAUGAGUUAAACCUUAUAGAUCUCAAUGACUCUCAAAACUUGAUCAAGACCUUGGACUUUAGUAGAGUCCCAAAUUUGAAGCAGUUGAUUCUUCAACAUUGUAUAAGACUAUCUAAGAUUCAUGCAUCUCUUGGAAAUCUCAAAUGGCUUACUCGAUUGGAUGUAAAUGGUUGUAAGUGCCUUGAGAGCCUUCCACCCAAGAUCAACUUGGAAUCUCUUGAAAUUUUUAUUCUUUCUAGUUGUUCAAGACUAAAGAAGUUUCCAAAGAUUGUGGGAAAUAUGUCAAGUUUGUCGGAACUUUAUUUGAAUGAGAUUGCCAUAAAAGAACUACCAUUGUCUGUGGAGCAUUUAACUGGCCUUACUAAAUUAGAUCUAGGAGACUGCAAAACCUUUCAAGUCUUCCAAAUAUUUGUUGUUGUUUGA